AUGAACUCCAACAAUUUUAUCAUAUUGAGGGCUUGGAAGAGGUUCGAGUCAUCCGUGACCGUCAAACGAGUGAAGGUAUCGCGACAGUUGGGCUUCCUUAGAUUCCAAAGUAUCGCCCACUCGCGUGCAUUCCUGGAACCCAACUUUCCUUCUAUUGUUUUCUACGGGCCGAACUCGAGUGGAAAUGACCGUGGCACCAAGGUCCGCAUCGCAUACAGUCGUGAACGAGAAGACCGUGCUCGGAAUAGAGCCGAGAGCGACUGGACUUGCAAGAUGUGUACUAUUGUCAACUAUUCUACUCGUCAAAAGUGCUUUCGAUGCCAAGCUCCCCGGCCUGACGCUGGACCGACAGGACCUCCCGGCAUAGCUGCACCUAAGGUGGAAAACCACGGUGAUAAUGACGCUGCCCCCGAGAACCAACCUUCGCAGUUUCUUCUUUUUAGAGGACUGGAGGUUUCCGUUUCUGAAGAGCUCUUUGCAAAAGGGGUUGCCAAAUUGUAUCGACCAGCAAACAGUACAUCUGAUGGGUCAUCUGCAAGUCAGAAGAAAGGAGCCAAAGUGGCUUCCACCACCGGUGAUUCUAACCUGGGAGCUCGAGAUGGAUCCAUUCGUCGUAUCUUGCUCGUGAGAGAUCGCAGAAGCAACGAAAGCUGGCGUUAUGGAUUUGCUGAAUUUGCUACAGUUCAGGAUGCUCAAGCUGCUGUUCAGCGACUCAACUCGUUUGAAAAGUUUACCAUUUCAUCAAGACCGGUUCUUGUUAGCUACAUCCACGCUGGUGUCUUCGUCCCAGUGAUGAACUCCACGGCCAGCACGGAGAGGUUUACUUUUAGCCCUUUGAACAACCCGUAUUUGAAGCUCAUGUACUGGGACGAAGACGCGUAUGUUACGGAGCUUACAGUGUCGUCCGCAGAUCUCGAGAGCGGACAGGCAUCAAAGAACGACCGACCCGGAACAGGUCUGGAGAAAAGCAACAAGGAUGCGGAAAAAGGCAAAAAAAGAAAAGCAGAUGCUGCAGCAAGCGCUGGGGCCAAGAAGGUUGCAGCACCUUCGCACUUGCAAUUCUGGAGUAACCGCCACGCCGAGUUGCAUGGCAUUCAAAAGAAGGAUGCCGAGGAGAGAGCUGAGUCCAAUCAAUCGCCAAGUAUUAGCGGUGCACUGGCCGACUCUGCCGCUCCACCCUCCCAAUCCUAUGCGGACUUGAACAGGAACUGUUGCUAUCUGUGUAUGCGACAGUUCAAGAACGCAGCCGAAGUAAACCGACACGAGCGCCUCAGUCAACUGCAUCGGGGAAAUUUGCAAAACGAAGAGCUAACAAACAAAGCGAUGGGCAAGCUUGUGAAGCAUGGUAUUGUCCAGCUGUCUGAAUACCGAGACCGGGCAAGGGAACGACGCAAGGCUUUCGGUAACUCUAAGAAUCCAGUCAAGCCUAAAGCUGCGCCUCCGCCUAAAGAAGAACCUGAAGAGCCACCGGCCCAGACAACGUCCAAGGGAGCCUCUCUUCUCAGUAAGAUGGGCUGGUCAGCCGGGUCAGGGCUGGGUGCUCAGGGUACCGGAAUGACAGCACCGAUUGCUACGGAGGUUUACGCGCAAGGUGUUGGGCUAGGCGCACAGGGUGGUAAACUGGGAGAUGCAGUUGAAGAAGCUGGGCGGAAUACGAGGAAUCGCUACGAUGAGUUUUUGGAGAAGACGAGGCAAACCGCUCGGGAGCGGUAUGAGCGAAUGGAUGGAUAG